CAGGACCCUGUGAGCCACAUUUACCACCCCCUGGACUACGCCUGGGAGCUCCACAGUGACUUUGUGCGGCGCUACUGCAGCACCCCAAAACGUGUCUUGUUCCUGGGCAUGAACCCUGGCCCCUUUGGCAUGGCCCAGACCGGGGUGCCUUUUGGCGACGUGUGGCACGUCCGGGAGUGGCUUCGGCUGGAAGGGACCGUGAACAAACCCCCCUCGGAACACCCAGCGCGGCCGGUGCUGGGGCUGAGCUGCCAACGGGCUGAGGUGAGCGGGGCUCGUUUCUGGGGCUUCAUCAAGAGCCUUUGCCCAGAGCCUCACCUCUUCUUCCGCCAUUGCUUCGUCCACAACCACUGUCCCCUCCUCUUCCUCGCCCCAGUGGGGAGGAACCUUCCUCCCAGCGACCUGCCCCCGAAGCAGCGCCGCCGGUUGCUGCAAGUGUGUGACCAGGCGCUGGGCAGAGCUGUGGCGUUGCUGGGGGUGGGGUUGGUGGUGGCCCUGGGUCGUUUCGCUGAACGACAAGCCAGAAAAGCUUUGGCAGAGGCUGGGCUGAGGGUCAGGGUUGAGUGGUUGCCCCAUCCCUCGCCUCGAAACCCACGAGCCAACCGGGGCUGGGAGGAGGCGGCCAAGGAGAGGCUGAGCCAACUGGGAGUGCUGGAGCUGUUGGAGGAGAAGGAGGGAGGGGAGUCCCGCGCUCGGGGCGUGUCGGGUCCCGCGUUACCGCCGGGGGCUGCGCACAGGAGCCGCCCCGGGGAUGCCCCGCGGAGCUGCCGCCCGUUCAGCGCUCCCUGCGGCAGCCUCGGGCCGGGAACCGCGGGGCUGGGGGCGGGGAAAGGAGAAGCCCAAAGCCCGGUGUCCCGCCGGGGCUGCGCUGGGGCGGCGCGGGUCGGGGCCGCCUGGACGGGACGAGCCCGGCGGCGGCUUCGGCUGCGGCGGAACGGCCGCAGGGACACGGGGCGGCUGCGGCCGGACCCCGCCACGGGACCCCCCACGGGACCCCCCACGGGACCCUGCGGCCCCCUCAGCGACGGGAUCCCCCGGCACGGGACCCCCUCGGAGCCCCCCAGAGCCCGGCGGGAGCCGCGGCCGGAGCGGCGGAAGCCAACGAGCCCGGACAGGCGGCUCCGAGAAGCUCAGCCGGAGCCCUGA